CGUCGUCCCUCUUUUCUCUCUCUAACCCCCUUUUCACUCUCUCUCUCCUCUCUCUCUCUCUCUCUUAGUUCAUUGAUUUUAUCACUUAUCUCAGAUCCCCGUUUUUCCACCUUCCGAUUCCAAUCCGUUCUCACUCAUUCUCUUGUAUCCGAUUUUUCCACAUUUCUCUGUUCUGUACAAGAUAUAUUUUCCAUUUGCAGUCUGAUUAUUAUCACCAUUAACGCUGUUUGAAAUGAAUCAGUAUCACGUUUAUGAGGCCAUUGGGAGAGGAAAAUUCUCUACUGUUUAUAAAGGGAGGAAGAAGAAAUCUAUCGAGUAUUAUGCGAUAAAGAGUGUUGAUAAGUCGCAGAGAAACAAGGUUUUGCAAGAGGUACGGAUUCUUCAUUCUCUAGAUCAUCAAAAUAUACUGAAAUUCUAUGCAUGGUAUGAGACUUCUGCACACCUGUGGUUGGUAUUGGAAUAUUGUGUUGGGGGUGAUCUUCUUGCUUUACUACGACAGGAUGGUUGCCUUCCAGAGGAUUCUAUACACGAUCUCGCACGUGAUGUUGUCCGAGCUCUGCAGUUUCUACACUCGAGAGGAGUUAUAUAUUGUGAUUUGAAGCCAUCAAACAUCCUACUGGAUGAGAAUGGAUGCAUGAAGCUAUGUGAUUUUGGAUUGGCAAGAAGAUUAAGUGAUAUAUCUAAAAGUUCUGUCUCUCAGUUGCCUCAAGCAAAACGUGGUACCCCAUGUUACAUGGCUCCUGAAUUAUUCCAAGAAGGGGGUGUGCAUUCUUUUGCAUCAGAUUUCUGGGCUCUUGGUUGUGUCUUGUAUGAAUGCUAUGCUGGGAGGCCUCCCUUUGUUGGUAGCGAGUUUACCCACCUGGUUAAAUCUAUCCUAUCAGACCCAACACCACCUCUCCCAGACAACCCAACCAGAUCAUUUGCCAAUUUGAUCAACCGCUUGCUUGUGAAGGACCCUGUUGAAAGAAUCCAGUGGCCUGAGCUUUGUGAGCAUGACUUUUGGAGAACAAAAUUUAGCAUGGUGCCCCUGGCUCCUCAGCCCGCUUUUGAUGAUAUGGUUCGCCUUUUUGCUAGGUCUUGUCUAUCUGAAAGAAAUGGAGAGAGACCUUCUUCACGGAUCACACCUCCUAGGAAUCAGGAGAGAGAUGCUAGUGGCAUUCUUAGACGAGAUGAGAACUCCGUGGGGGCUGCCAAAGGAUUUGAAACACCAGGAAAAAAUGCUUCUGGUCCAAAGAAAGCCCAAACAAAAGCUUCUGGCAUUGCUGUUGAGGAGAAUGAGAACGUGUGUUCAACUCCUACAAAGGGUGUUAAUCUUGUUAGGCUCUCGAGGAUUGUUAAGACAAAUUUGCAGAAGGAGAAUGAGAAUGAAAACUAUAGGAGGCCUUUAUCUAAAGCCUCUGAGAACGAGAAUGAAGUGAAACUCGAAAACACCGAUAUGGAGCUUGAUUUUGGUGAGAACAAUGAGGAAAAUGGAAAUGAUGAAUCUGUUAGUUUGGAUAACCUGGUUUGCAAAACUCCUAUCCGUGACGUGAAGCUCCCUGUACAAAACCCAUCUUCUAUAUACAGAGACAGUGAUCUAAGUGAAGAAAACGUUCAAGAAAUGCUCAAAACAGAUAACCCAAAUGAAACCAACAUGAUUGUUACAGAUGGCUUGAAAACCCAAGAAGAUGAAUUUGGGUCCAGCAGUAAUGAAGUGCCUGCUACUCCCCCAUGUGUAGGCAUCCAAAGGAAGGAUCAGCGUAAAGUGGGCUCCAAUAUAGUGGUGGAUUCAGAUCCUUCAAAGUCAUCUUCACUCCUUUCGCAAGCUCUCUGGCAUCCCUCUGAUCUUUCGGUGAGGCCAGUCAUGCCUAGCAGGAAAGGCGACAAAGCUUCAGAAACGCUGCCCAUGGUUCCCUUUGAUGCUUGGCAUGCCUCUGAUUUUGUGAAGCUAUCUUCUGAGCAAAUGGCCACACUUACCAGUCGAAUCAUAGCUAGUCUAAAUGGGAAUUCUCCUCUUUCCGAGAAGCAAAAUGCCAUUAGAUACUUGGAAAUUUUGAGUAGUAAUGUUGAUGCUGCUAAUAUAAUAACCAAUGGGCCAAUAAUGCUGGUGCUUGUCAAGAUGUUAAGGUUAUCAAAGGCUUCAUUGUUACGAGUUCAACUGGUAUCUGUUGUUGGUUUAUUGAUUCGGCACUCCACGUUCAUUGAUUCUGAAUUGGCCAACUCAGGGAUUGUUGGGGCACUGGCAGAUGGUCUCAGGGAUAAACAGGAAAAGGUCAGGAGGUUUGCCAUGGCUGCUUUGGGUGAAUUGCUCUUUUAUAUCUCCACUCAAAGUGAGAGCUCCUCAAAGGAAGUCGGUGGUGUCGAGUCUCCUGCGAAAGACACCAGAUCUACACCAGUUUGGCAGGUUCCUAGCCCAUUGAUUGCAUUUGUGUCAUCCAUUCUCCGUAAAGGAGAAGAUGAUUCGACUCAGCUUUACGCACUGAGAACAAUUGAGAACAUCUGCAGUCAAGGUGGGGAGUGGGCAUCUCGAUUCAACACCCAAGAUGUUAUAGCAAAUCUUUGCUACAUAUUUAAGGCGUCGGGGAAACAAGAGAGCAUGCGUCUCACAGCUGGGUCCUGCCUGGUCCGCCUGGUUCGGUUCAACCCACCAAGCAUUCAACAAGUGGUGGAGAAGCUACCCUUUAAAGAAAUCUUGCCUGGCUUGGUUAAGGGGACGCCAAAGGAGCAACAAAUUAGCAUAAACCUUUUGAAUAUGGCUAUGUUUGGAAGCCAUAUGUUGGGAAACAUGGGCAGGCAUCUUCUCUCACUAGCAGAGGAGAAAUCACUAGUUCCAUCUAUACUCUCUCAUAUCGAACAUGGAACUGAAGGCUUGCGUGGAAAAGCCUUUGUAUUUGUGGCUCUUCUCUGCAAAAAUAACCGGAGAUGGCUGCCCUUCUUUUGCACCACUAGGUUGCUAUCGGCAUUGGAGAGAAUGGCCAAGGAGAAAGACGGUUAUGUGCAGCAAUGUAUGGAGGCUUUUGUUCAGGUGGUAGCAAGCAUUGUGCCUGGGAUACUGGAGAGUAUAGCAACAGAUAUUCAGCAAUCGAUGGGUGGUAAGCGCCCUGGUAUUUCUACACCCAGCCGAACUCAACCAAAAAACAGCAUCCAUUUAUUCCCGGUCAUUCACCUUCUCCUUGAAAGCUCUGUUUUCAAACAUACAGUGAUUAAUAGCCAGAUUUUGCAACAGCUGCUGAUGUUCCUUAAGCUCUUGGAGUCCAGCUCUUUCCAGGGAAGGGAUGAUUUCCAAAUCACCCUAUUAAGAAUUUUUGAAUCGGUCACACAAGAGCCUUCUGUUGUCCUCGAGGGUCCAGACAUUUUUAUCAGCCAAGUUCUCCCCACCCUCACGAUCCUAUACAAGACCAACACAGAUGGAGAAGGCAGGUUCCUCUGCCUAAAACUUCUAUUUGAUAUCACUGUAAUCUUCCUAAAUGAAACCCCCAACUCUUCCAAAGACCAGAGAGAGAAAGACCUCAAGUCCAUCUCACGCACUCACUUUCUCUCGCUAUACCCAGCAUUGCUAAACGACGAAGAUCCAAUUCCCGUCUAUGCUCAAAAGCUCCUGGUUAUGCUCCUCAACUCCAAUUACAUCCAAGUCUCAGAUAUUCUUCACCUUAACCUCAUCUCUCAGUGCUUCGAGUUUCUUCUAAAUGACCUCUCGGGAGCCAAUGUGAACAACGUUAACCUCUGUCUAGUUUUAGCAUCGUCCCCCGAAAUAGAAGUCAAGACUCUCUCUCAGCUCAAAGUCGUGAGGAGAAUUGGUGAUCUACUAUCUUUCGUGGCUGCCAAAUACAUGGAAGAUUUCCUCGAACCAACACUUUCUCUCUCUAAAACCCUCAUCCAGCGUGCCAUAGGGUCCUGGAAUAUCAAGGACAUAUCUGAUUUUGGGUCCUAUGUUGGAGUUUUCUUGGAGCUGAGCCUAAACCAAGUGGAGAGAAUUGCAGAUUUGGCUUCUGAGUGCAUUUCACUAUUAGCAAAGGUGGCACCAAGGGAGGCGGCAACUGGUGUAUUGACAAAUAUUCCCAAAAUUACCCCUGUUCUGGAUUCAUAUAGGCUUCAAUAUGAGGGGUCAGAACAAGCCCGAAUGGUUUUGAUGCGCAUUCUACAUGCCCUUGGUGUCUCUUGUCGAGAAUACCGGAGUCAGGCCAUGAUUCUCUCUUUAUCUUUGCCUGAUAUUGCAAGGAUUGAAGCCAUUAUAUCUGAGCUUAAAAACUCAAGCUUUUCAGCCAUUGUGGAUGCUGCUUUAGAAGUGGCUGCGGAGUUACAGAGGCUUCCCCGCUGUGCUUGAGUUGAACCCCGAAAUCUCUCUCUGAAAGGCUUUCUCUUAUCUACUGUAUCUUCAGUGGUAGUUCAUCAAGUAAUGGGGCCCUAAAGAGGUGAGCAGUUAUUACUCUGUAUUCUCUGCAAGCUGGUUAUAGAUAAGGUAAAACUUCCUUGCGGAAAUAUGUUGAGCUUGGUAAUCCCUGUAUGCUUAUAUAUAUGUAAAAUAAUUGUCUUUCUCAGUCGAUGAGAAAUUGAACUGUUCUCAAGAUUUGUGUAUGUCAUUCAAUGUGCAAUUAAUCUCUCUGUAUUCCUUCCACUUUUCUAUAAAUUUUGGGUAAUUGUGUUAUGUAA